CCCCGCCCCCUCCGCGCGCCGGCGUCCGCUGCGUCUCCGGCAUUUGAAUCGCGCUUCCGCCAUCUUUCCAGCUUCAGUCGGACAGGCGCGGAGGCUCUUGCUGGAAGGAUCGCCGCGAUGGCCGCCCAGGGAGAGCCGCAGGUCCAGUUCAAGCUCGUCCUGGUGGGGGACGGCGGCACCGGGAAGACGACGUUCGUGAAGCGCCACUUGACGGGCGAGUUCGAGAAGAAGUAUGUAGCCACCCUGGGCGUGGAGGUGCACCCGCUCGUCUUCCAUACCAACAGAGGGCCCAUCAAGUUCAACGUGUGGGACACGGCCGGCCAGGAGAAGUUCGGAGGCCUGCGCGAUGGCUACUACAUCCAAGCCCAGUGUGCCAUUAUAAUGUUUGAUGUAACAUCAAGAGUCACUUACAAGAAUGUACCUAACUGGCAUAGAGAUCUGGUGCGUGUGUGUGAAAACAUCCCCAUUGUAUUGUGUGGCAAUAAAGUGGAUAUUAAGGACAGAAAAGUGAAGGCAAAAUCUAUUGUCUUCCACCGAAAGAAGAACCUUCAGUACUAUGAUAUUUCUGCCAAAAGUAACUACAACUUUGAAAAGCCUUUCCUCUGGCUUGCCAGAAAGCUCAUUGGAGACCCUAAUUUGGAGUUUGUUGCCAUGCCUGCUCUUGCCCCUCCUGAGGUGGUCAUGGACCCAGCUUUGGCAGCACAGUAUGAGCAUGAUUUAGAGGUUGCUCAAACGACUGCCCUCCCGGACGAGGAUGAUGACCUGUGAGAACGUGAAGCUGGAGCCCUGAGUCAGAAGUCUAGUUUUAUAGGCAACUGUCCUGUGACGUCAGCGGUGCAGCGUGUGUGCCACCUUAUUUAGCUAAGCAGAUCGUGUACUUCAUUGGGAUGCUGAAGGAGAUGAAUGGGCUUCGAGUGAAUGUGGCAGUUAAAACAUACCUUCAUUUUUUUUGGACUUGCAUAUUUAGCUGUUUGGAACACAGUUGUUUCCUUCCUGAAUUUCAAAAAUAAGACUGCUACAGUCCCAUCACACUAUUCAGUCAGUGGUGAAAUCUUGUUUGUUACUGUCAUUCCCAUUCUUUUUGUUUAGAAUCAGAAUAAAGUUGUAUUUCAAAUAAUCUAAA